GUCUGAAGGUAAAUAAGUAACUCUCAUUUUUAAUUAGACCUUAUGGUUAUUUGGAGAAGUAAGAAGUGAAUGUCCAUUGAAGCACACUAGAUCGGAUUUAUAUGUGCCGUCAUAUUAACGGUGAUUUAAAAGCAAUUUUAGGAUGGAAGAUUUCACACCUUCUAUGCAAUAUUUCAUCUAACGAAUAUUCAUAAGUUUAAUAUUUAACAGUUUAACGGCGUUUUAUAAUUCUGACAAAGAUGGAUGAAAAAGCAGAAUACGCAGAUGAUAUUGAUAUAUCGAACAUCAGAAAUGAACGUGGAAGCAAACACUUAAAACAUGCUAAAGUGGAUGUGCAGGUUGGCCGUAUUCGAGUCAAGGAAAGAUUAGGUCUAUUUGCUGGUAUAGUGUUUAUAAUUGGAGCAGUGAUUGGAUCGGGAAUAUUCAUUUCUCCUCUUGGCGCCUUAAAGAACAGUGGAUCGGUAGGAGCGAGUCUGUUGAUAUGGGUCGCAUGUGGUAUACUUUCUAUCAUCAUAGGACUAGUGUACGCCGAGCUAGGAGUCAUAUUGCCAAAGUCUGGUGGCGAUUAUACGAUUAUCAGGACGGGCAUCGGCAACAUUCCCGCCUUUCUUAUCUCAUGGACAACAACAACUGUAACCCACGCAGGAAGCCGUGCAGUGCUGGCCCUGGUCUUCGCAGACUACCUUUGUGCACCUAUAUUUGGUGCCUGUAAAGCGCCGGAUAGCAUCCGUAAAAUGAUAGCCGCAGCCCAACUGUUACUUCUGGCUAUUACAAAUACAAUCAGUGUCAAUAUUGUUGCCUCAGUGCAAGGAUUGUUCACGUUUCUUAAGGUAGCCGCUCUCGUUGUUAUAACUGUUGGAGGGUUCGUUUACUUGUUCCAAGGCAAAACAGAAAACUUUGAAGAUGCUUUUGAGGGUACAACAAACGACGUAACAUCAAUCACGCUGGCAGUUUAUAGUUGCAUGUGGGCGUACGGUGGAUAUAACAAUCUGAAUGAAAUAGCUGAAGAAAUGAUUAAUCCAAAGAAAAACAUUCCAAAAUCGAUCAUUAUAUCCCUGACGCUCAUCACCCUUAUUUAUAUAUCAACGAAUGUUUCGUAUUUCACACUAUUGUCAAAAGACGAGUUCCUAUCUGUAAAUGCCGUAGCCUUCAGCUGGGGCGAGCGAGUGCUUCAAGCUGGUGCUAUCUUUAUUCCUCUCAGCGUCAUGUGUUCCGUCUACGGGGCAUCAAACGGCGGUUUCUUCACGGAUGUGCGAGUGAGGUUUGCGGCCGCAAGAGCGGGUCAUUUACCGGAGAUAUUGUGCUACCUACACCAUAAGACAAGGAUCCCGCUCGGUGCGCUUAUCUUCAAUACAGGUGUUUCAAUCCUUAUGCUUAUUCCCGCCGAUGUUUCGGAACUGAUCAACCUCGUCAGUUUCAUAGGAUUUCUCACACAGGGACUAUCUAUUGUUUCGUUUAUGAAGUUAAGAUACCAUCGAAGGAACAAACCCGUUAAUAAGGAUGAUUUUCGGAUUCCAAUGGUUUUGGCAGUUAUUGCGUUGCUUGUUUGUAUAUUUAUGGUUGUAUCGCCGUUUAUUUCAAACCCCAAAAUUGAAUUCCUCUACGGUGCAGGAUUUAUUCUUUCUGGGCUUAUCUUGUACUUUCCGUUCGUCCAUUUUGGUUGGAUAAUUCCGGGCUGGGAUAAAGUCACCACGUUCUUCCAGUUGUUUAUGGAAAUGUGCCCGACUGUGUUAGAUGCUGACUUGGAUAUUUAGAGGAAAGUACACAUCGAAAUAUUUUAAUUUUAAGCGACAUGAAUUUAUAUUUUAUACCUGUCAAAUUUCCGUCUGACAAAGUCCGAAUUACACACAGUUAUAAAAAAAAUCGAAUCAUACAUUAGCCUUUAAAUACUUUAAAGGUACGAUUUUAAAUAAAUACUACGUAAAUUGGUUGAUCUUUCUGCUAGUAUCUCGUCUCGUUGCUCGCGUAAAGAAACUUCGUACUCGACCCUCUGCGCUUUACGCAAGCAACUCGAAGUAAAAUAACCCCAUACUGUCUUUUACCGUAACAGUGUGUCAGCGUGUCAUUGCCACGUUUUCAUCAGUAAAACAAGAUCUUAUCAACAUUAAGUACUUACAGAUCAAGUUGUUAGACAAAUGUUAUUUAAAACAUAUUAUUUUGCCGCAAAAUAGUACGCUUUCCAAACAAAUAGGUGCACGAACAUCCACAACUUUUUGGGGGGGUUGAUUCCUCUUUAUGCAUGUACUAAAAUAUGUAAAAUGUGUAUUGUUUGUUUCGCUGAACGUCCCGAGGCAGAAGCCUCAAUAUUUAUCAAUAAAGACAUUCUAUUAAUAUAAGUUUUUCUCUUGUUCUGUGGCG